GGAAAUUUGUGGUGUGCCAUGGUUUUUUACGAUGGUAUCAGCAUCCUACUGAAGAAGAGCUACGGAUUCUUGCAGGGAAACAAAAAGGGAAGAGCAAAAAAGAUAGGAAAUAUAAUGGUCAUAUUGAAAACAAACCUCUAACCAUUCCAAAAGACAUUGAUCUUCAUCUGGAAACAAAGUCUGUGACUGAAAGGGACACUAUUGCAUUGCAUUAUUUCCCGGAAUAUCAGUGGUUGGUGGACUUCACUGUUGCAGCUACAGUUGUGUACGUGGUGACGGAAGCCUAUUACAGUAUUGUGAAGCCCUCACAGGAAAUGAAUAUCAGCGUGGUGUGGUGUCUGCUUGUCUUGGCUUUUGCAGUUAAGGUAUUGUUUUCGUUGACUACCCACUAUUUCAAAGUCGAGGAUGGUGGUGAAAGAUCAGUCUGUGUUACCUUUGGUUUCUUCUUCUUUGUGAAAGCAAUGGCGAUUCUCAUUGUGACAGAAAACUAUCUGGAGUUUGGACUGGAAUCAGGAUUCUCGAAUUUCUCAGAAAGUGCUAUGCAGUUCCUUGAAAAGCAGGGUUUGGAAUCCCAGGGUCCUGUGUCUAAACUAACCUUCAAAUUGUUCCUGGCUGUUCUGUGUUCACUUAUUGGUGCUUUUUUGACAUUCCCUGGCUUGCGACUGGCUCAAAUGCAUCUGGAUGCUCUGAAUUUAGCAACAGAAAAAAUAACACAAACAUUGCUACAUAUAAACUUCUUGGCACCUUUAUUUAUGGUUCUACUGUGGGUAAAACCUAUCACUAAGGACUACAUUAUGAACCCACCUUUGGGCAAAGAGAGCAUCCCUUUAAUGUCAGAAGAGACAUUUGACACCAUGAGGUUGUGGAUUAUAAUCCUGUUGUGUGCUUUACGGUUGGCUAUGAUGCGCCAUCAUUUGCAGGCCUAUCUGAAUUUAGCCCAGAAAAGUGUGGAUCAAAUGAAAAAGGAAGCUGGCAGAAUAAGUAUGGUUGAUUUACAGAAAAUGGUAAGUCUGUUAAAAUGCCUUUUCUUCCACUUAAAGUCUUCUGUGGCACCAGAGCAGAAAUCUGAAUGA